CCGGGCAUCCUGGGAAACGUAGUGCGCGCCUUCCAUAAAUGGCCCCCGCCAGCAUGGCUGCGCCCAGUUGGGGCGCGUAUGUUUGUUUCGAACGUGGGGUUGGGCCGGCUCGUGGGGCUGGGCUGGAGGCAGGCACUGCUUAGUUUCACAAUGUUUGGGGAUCUGUUUGAAGAAGAUUAUUCCACUGUGUCAGAUUUUCAGUAUGGAAGGGAGAAGAAAUUAAAGACCAAAGGGUUGGAGCCACCGGCUCCUAGAGAAUUCACCAAUUUAAGCGGAAUUAGGAAUCAGGGUGGAACCUGUUACCUUAAUUCCCUUCUUCAGACUCUUCAUUUCACACCUGAAUUCAGAGAAGCUUUAUUUUCCCUUGGCCCAGAAGAGCUUGGUUCAUUUGAGGAUAAGGAUAAACCUGAUGCAAAGGUUCGGAUCAUACCUUUACAGUUACAACGGUUGUUUGCCCAACUUCUGCUCUUAGACCAGGAUGCAGCAUCCACAGCCGACCUCACAGACAGCUUCGGGUGGACCAGCAAUGAGGAAAUGAGGCAACAUGAUGUGCAGGAACUGAAUCGAAUUCUCUUUAGUGCUUUGGAAACCUCUUUAGUCGGGACCUCCGGCCAUGACCUCAUCAAUCGUCUGUAUCAUGGAACCGUUGUUAACCAGGUUGUUUGUAAAGAGUGUAAGAAUGUCAGUGAAAAGCAGGAAGACUUCCUAGAUCUAACCGUAGCAGUCAAAAAUGUGUCAAGUUUGGAAGAUGCCCUCUGGAACAUGUAUGUAGAAGAGGAAGUUUUUGACUGUGACAACUUAUACCACUGUGGGACUUGUGACAAGCUGGUUAAAGCUGCAAAGUCGGCCAAAUUACGUAAGCUGCCUCCCUUUCUUACUGUUUCAUUAUUAAGAUUUAAUUUCGAUUUUGUGAAGCGUGAACGAUACAAGGAAACUAGCUGUUACACAUUCCCUCUCCGGAUCAAUUUCAAGCCUUUCUGUGAACAGAGUGACACGGAUGACUUGGAGUAUGUAUAUGAGCUCUUCUCAGUCAUAAUACACAAAGGUGGCUGCUACGGAGGACAUUACCACGUGUAUAUUAAAGAUGUCGAUCAUCUGGGAAACUGGCAAUUUCAAGAGGAAAAAAGCAAACCAGGUAUGAAUUUAAAAGAUCUCCAGAAUGAAGAAGAGAUUGAUGAUGAUCCCUUGAUAAUUCUAAAAGCAAUCUUACUACAGGAGGAGAGUAAUCUAAUUCCUGUUGAUCAGUUGGGCCAGAAACUCUUGAAAAAGAUAGGAAUGUCUUGGAACAAGAAGUACAGAAAACAGUAUGGACCACUGAGAAAGUUCUUACAGCUUCAUUCCCAGAUAUUUCUACUCAGUCCAGAUGAAAGUACAGUUAGUCUAUUAAAGAACGGUUCUCUCCAGGCUGAGUCUCAUUUCCCAAGGAGUGAUCAACACAUUUUCAAGACACUAACUUCAGAAUCCCCAGGACUAAAUGAUGGAACCUCCUGUCCCCACUGGUUUGAUAUAAAUGAUUCCAAAGUCCAACCAAUCAAGGAAAAGGAUAUUGAACGGCAGUUUCAGGGAAAAGAAAGUGCCUACAUGUUGUUUUAUCGGAAAUCUCAGUUGCAGAGACCCCCUGAAGCUCGAGCUAAUCCAAGAUACGGGGUUCCGUGUCAUUUGCUGAAUGAAAUGGACGCAGCCAACAUUGAACUGCAAACAAAAAGGGCAGAAUGUGAUUCUAUAGACAAUAAUUUUGACUUGCAUCUCCACCUGGGCCCUCAUUAUCAUUUCCUCAAUGGGGCUCUGCACCCAGUCGUCUCUCAAGCAGAAAGCACAUGGGAUUUAACCUUUGAUAAAAGAAAAACUUUAGGAGAUCUUCGACAAUCAAUAUUUCAGCUGUUAGAAUUUUGGGAAGGAGAUAUGGUUCUUAGUGUGGCAAAACUUGUACCAGCAGGACUUCACGUUUACCAGAUGCUUGAUGGAGAUGACCUGACGCUGUGUGAACUGGAGAUUGCAGACGGCGAAGACCUCUUUGUGUGGAAUGGGGUGGAGGUUGGUGGCAUCCAGAUUCCAACUGGUAGUGACUGUGAACCUCUGCUCUUAAAUGUUCUUCAUCUAGCAACAAGCAGCGAGGGGGGAAAGUGUCAGCAGUUGGUAGAGUCACCACAUGUCUUUCCGUCCAAUGCGGAAGUGGGCGCUGUGCUCACAGCUCUGGCGGUCCCCGUGGGUGUCCUCUUCAUCAACACCACUGACCCUGCCGGGGAAGAGAACUGGGUUGCCAUUCCCAAGGAGGACCUGAAGAAGACGUUCAGAGAGCAGGGCCUCAGAGACCGGAGCUCGGUUCUCGUGCAGGAUUCCAGUGAUGAUAACAGUCUGUUGCUCAAACAAGGGAAAUGGUUCACUGGUAUGAAUGAGGUCAACUGGCUCCAAGUUCAAAACUUAUGCGAAUUAGGAUCCGAAGAGAAGCAAGUUAAAAUAUCAGCAACUGUGAACACAGUGGUGUUUGAUAUUCGAAUUAAAGCCAUAAAGGAAUUAAAAUUAAUGAAGGAACUAGCUGAGAACAGCUGUUUGAGGCCUAUUGAUAGAAAUGGGAAGCUGCUUUGUCCAGUGCCAGACAGUUACACCUUGAAGGAAGCAGAACUGAAGAUGGGGAGUUCACUGGGGCUAUGUCCUGGGAAAGCACCAACUUCCUCCCAGCUGUUCCUGUUUUUCACUGUGGGGAGUGAUGUUCAGCCCGGUACAGAGAUGGAGAUCAUAGUAGAAGAAACGAUGUCUGUGAGAGAUUGUUUACAGCUCAUGCUGGGGAAGUCUGGCCUACCGGGAGACAGGUGGCAUUUACGAAAAAUGGAUUGGUGUUAUGAAGCUGGAGAGCCUUUAUGUGAAGAGGAUGCAACCCUGAGAGAACUUAUGAUAUGUUCUGGAGAUACUUUACUUUUAAUUGAAGGAAAACUUCCUCCUCCGGGUUUCCUGAAGGUGCCCCUCUGGUGGUACCAGCCUGGGGGUUCCCCGGGUCACUGGAAGAAUCAUCAGGACCAGAGGAACGGUGCCCCUUCUCCAGGUGGGGUCUGGAGAGCUGCUGCCACCCAAGGCGCUCCUGGUGACCUGCACGGGGAGGUGUCCCUCCGCUACUUGGGGGACCUGGAGAUCUCAGAAGAGGCCACCGUGGCAGAGCUGAAGUCCCAGGCCAUGACCUUGUUCUCCUCCUCGGGGUUUGUCAUCCCGUCCCCAGCCUUCCUCAGAGCCUGGACCGUGGAGAGGAAGCGCCUGGGCAGGCUUUUACGAAUCAACCGCCAGCAGCUCAGAGACUACAAACUGGGACGGAAAACUGAGAUCUGCUUAGAGCCCCUUCAGGAAGAAGAAAACUUGGGCCCUCAGGACGUGGUACUGAGGACACGGAUGCGCCUCCCGGGCGAGAGGGCGUACGCACCGUGCGUGGACUUGGUGUGGGACACCGCCCGAGGCUGGACUGCUGGCUCCCUGAGACAACGAGUUGCCCACUUCUGCUCUCUUCCCAUGGAGAAAAUUGAAAUUGCCAAGUACUUCCCCGAAAAGUUUGAGUGGCUUCCGAUAUCUAGCUGGAACCAGCAAUUUACCAAGAGGAAAAAGAAGAAAAAGCAAGAUAAUUUGCAGGGGGCGCCUUAUUACUUGAAAGAUGGAGACACUAUUGGUAUUAAGUUCACCUAAAAGAAGAUUCAAGAGACUAUACAGGUACCAUCAGAUCUGGUAAGAGAGUUCAAAGGUUACAGGAUCAGAAUAAAACUACAAGAUACCUAGGAAUACAUCCAGCAAAGAGAUUUACAAGACCUUUCCAGAGAAUAUUCCCAAAAUACUGAGUGGUAUUAAAGCUUCGGUUAGAUACAGAGCAACGUCGUGUUCUUGGAAGGAAGCCUCACACGAUAGACCAGGAAACAAACAUAUAAAUUCACAUGGAGAAGCAACGGGCAGGGAGAUUUUUAAACACCAUGAUGGGCGCUCCCUGGCCUGGUGCCAAGAGCGACCGGGCAGCUGUGUCAGCAGAGUAGCUUCGGGGGGGCGGAUGGACGUCACGCCAGGAAACUUGACGGGUACUUGAGGCGACAUUAAAAACUGAUUAUUCAGUAAAUGGUGCUGGGGAAACUGGUUAUUCGUGUAGGAGAAAUUAGUUUCCAAGUUUAUGUGCACCUCAGGCCCCAGGAAGUCUGCAUCCAGUCUGCCCACACCGUGUACAUCAAUCUGAAAACUUAAAGGUGAAAGGCAGUCAUUUCCAACCUUUAGAUUUCAGAGGUCCUUCUUAAACAAAAAGCACAGACCAUAAAAGGAUGGCAAAUGUGACCGCAUUGGUUCGUCCGAACAAAGGAUACCAAGUGUAAAGACAAGCCACAAACUCACAAAGAUGGUCACCGGGUGUAGGUGUGGUCCUUACAUCAAUGCCAGGAGGACACCCUGAUGGGAGGCGGGCCGAGACGAAUACCCCCUCAGUUCUCAGGAGAAAAGUGGGGAGCCGAGAAGCAGGGGCUGGUGCUGCCAACCCCCCACCCCGCGGCCCUGGACACCAUGUGGUGACGGUGAUGGCGCUUGUGCGCAGCAGUGCUUGCGACUUUGCUCCUGGACAGCCCCUGGCACAGCUCGUGCGUUCACGUGAGGGGGUGUGCAGAAUGUUCGCUGAAGGACUGGUUGUAACAGCGUAAACUGGAAAGGACAGUGACCCUCAGGAAGAGGACAGAUGAAAAAAAAGUGUGGAUAUGGUGGCGUAGAACACAGCAGUGAAUACACCGGAGCUCCGUGGGUCAAUGUGGAAAUUGGUCACAGUGGUCAUCACCGGGAAUGUGAAGCCCGUAAAAUGCUGUGGAUCAGUCGGUCACACACCUGGGGAGCCGUCCAGUCAGAGGGAAAGUGGGAACAAUGUCCGGGGACAUUGUCUCCAGUGGGCUGAGAGCCAGCGACUGAAUCUGUGUUUUCCUUGAAAAAUGAUCUAAAUAUGGGCAGAGCUUACGACGGUUAACCGCUGGCUCGCGCUGAGCACUUUUCUUCUCCACCAGCCCCGUCCACGCGUGCAUCGAGCUCUGGUUUUCCCAGGACAAGGGUAGGAGCAGGUGCCGUCUUGGGAUGAGCCGGUCACGUCACUGGGGCACCUGGGCCCCCAGCCACUCGCCGGCAGCCCUGAGGACGUGGCUGUCGCCCCGUUACCCCUGUAUUUCCUCUUUGUAGCGUUUGACAGUUUUUUAAAAAGCCCAUCACGCACAGCUCGCUGGAAUCCCACGUGUCCUCCACUUGCUGGAGUAGAGAUCCGCGCGUUUGUUAGUUUUCUCCCCCGAGAGCAACGUGUAUAGACAGCAGAACCCUCCUGCGGCUCCUCGCUGACCACUGUGGUCCUGAAGGGCGCUGGCGGGGCGCUGGCUACCUCUCCCCAUGCCUGGCGUGGUGAGGAGCCGGGGGCGCUCACCGAGGCAGCCCGGGGCGGCCAGGGUUCGGGUGAAUGACCCGCUGCGACCCCGGGGACCGUCGGGGCAGAGCUGCGCCCACAGCAUCCGGGGAAGCCAGGGAGCUAAGGGACCAGGCGCACGGCGUCCC